GGCCCCGCGAGGAGGAGCCGCCGCCGCUCCCGGCCCCGCCAUGGGGAACCGCGGCAUGGAGGAGCUCAUCCCGCUGGUCAACAAGCUGCAGGACGCCUUCAGCUCCAUCGGCCAGAGCUGCCACCUCGACCUGCCGCAGAUCGCCGUGGUGGGCGGGCAGAGCGCGGGCAAGAGCUCGGUGCUCGAGAACUUCGUGGGCCGGGAUUUCCUUCCCCGCGGCUCCGGAAUUGUCACUCGCCGGCCUCUCAUCCUGCAGCUCAUCUUCUCCAAGACAGGUACAGGGCUGGAAAACAGGGAAUUCCCGGGGGGAAAGCCCGCUGGGUACAUCGGGGUGGUGAACCGCAGCCAGAAGGACAUCGACGGCAAGAAGGACAUCCGCGCCGCGCUGGCGGCCGAGCGCAAGUUCUUCCUGUCCCACCCGGCCUACCGGCACAUGGCCGAGCGCAUGGGCACCCCCCACCUCCAGAGGGUCCUCAACCAGCAACUCACCAACCACAUCCGGGAGACACUGCCCUCGCUGCGCAGCAAACUCCAGAGCCAGCUGCUUUCCCUGGAAAAGGAGGUGGAGGAGUACAAGAACUUCCGCCCCGACGAUCCCACGCGGAAAACCAAAGCUUUGCUGCAGAUGGUCCAGCAGUUCGGGGUGGACUUUGAGAAGCGGAUCGAGGGGUCGGGAGACCAGGUGGACACCGUGGAGCUCUCCGGGGGUGCCCGGAUCAACCGGAUCUUCCACGAGAGGUUCCCCUUUGAGCUCGUGAAGGUGAGGACCUGGCCUGGGUGGAUUUGGCAGAACCGAGUCGGUGCCCUGGCGGCGCUGCCACGGUCCCCCCGCAGCGGUUUUUCCCCGUCCUUCUCCCUCUCUUUUCAGCUCGGUUCCUACCCCAGGUUGCGGGAGGAGACGGAGCGGAUCGUCACCACCCACAUCCGGGAGCGCGAGGGCAAGACCAAGGACCAGAUCCUGCUGCUGAUCGACAUCGAGCUCUCCUACAUCAACACCAACCACGAGGAUUUCAUCGGAUUUGCCAACUGUUUCACUGAGCAGCACGUGGCGACCGGCGCGCAGCAGAGGAACACGCAGACCAACAAGAAGAGGGCGAUUCCCAACCAGGGGGAGAUCCUGGUGAUCCGCAGGGGCUGGGUGACCAUCAACAACAUCAGCAUCAUGAAGGGCGGGUCCAAGGAAUACUGGUUCGUGCUCACGGCCGAGUCGCUCUCCUGGUACAAGGACGACGAGGAGAAGGAGAAGAAGUACAUGCUGCCCCUGGAUAACCUGAAGAUCAGGGAUGUGGAGAAGGGAUUCAUGUCCACCAAACACGUCUUCGCCAUCUUCAACACGGAGCAGAGGAACGUGUACAAGGAUCUCCGGCAGAUCGAGCUGGCCUGCGAUUCCCAGGAGGACGUGGACAGCUGGAAAGCCUCCUUCCUCCGGGCGGGAGUUUAUCCCGAGAAAGACCAAACGGAGAGCGAGGACGGGGCGCAGGAAAACACCUUCUCCAUGGAUCCGCAGCUGGAGCGGCAGGUGGAGACCAUCCGGAACCUCGUGGACUCCUACGUCGGGAUCAUCAACAAAUCCAUCCGGGACCUGAUGCCAAAGACCAUCAUGCACCUCAUGAUCAACAAC